AUGGUUGCUCUUAACGUGCCCGCUGACAUCUUGGCCAGCGCUGACGGCUCCCCCAAGCUCUUCAACAAGUGGUCCUAUGAGGAAGUUGAAGUGAAGGACAUUUCGCUCCAGGAUUACAUUCAGGUCCGCCAGCACACCUACUUGCCCCACACUGCUGGCCGUUUCGCUGUCAAGCGUUUCCGCAAGGCCCAGUGCCCCAUCGUUGAGCGUUUGACAAACUCGCUCAUGAUGCACGGUCGCAACAACGGCAAGAAGUUGAUGGCUGCCCGCAUUGUUCAGCACGCCUUCGAGAUCAUCAACUUGUUGACCGAUCAGAACCCUAUCCAGGUUCUUGUUGAUGCUAUCAUCAACACCGGUCCCCGUGAAGACUCGACCCGUAUCGGUUCCCAGGGUACCGUCCGUCGUCAGGCCGUUGAUGUUUCUCCUCUCCGCCGUGUCAACCAGUCCAUUGCUUUGUUGACUACUGGUACCCGUGAGGCUGCUUUCCGCAACGUCAAGACCAUCUCUGAGUGCCUUGCUGACGAGCUUAUCAACGCCGCCAAGGGUUCUUCCAACUCGUAUGGUAUUAAGAAGAAGGACGAGCUUGAGCGUGUUGCCAAGUCCAACCGCUAA